AUGCUAGACGCGGCCAACCCGCAGCCCGAGCUCCACCCGCACGUAAGAAGCUCAAGAACACUAAACCCACUUCUCACAAAAAUCCAUUUUCCCGGAGUUCUACCGGUCGGAAUCUCACGAAACCACCGCCAUUCUUCUCCAUUUUUCUUCCUCUACAAACCCCACCCAAAUUCCGGUCCGAUCUGUGGCCGGAACUCCGGGCGCCACCACCACCCACCACCACAUAUUUUCGCGUUUUCCGGCCAACUCCGGCCACCAUUGGAGAAUCCGAGCACGGGGUUUUGUUUCUCUCAUCAAGAGCUUUCUAGUCAUACAAAUCUUUCUGCAAAAACUCACGAAAAAUUUCCAUCAAAUUCCGAGUGCUGCUACUCCAUUCGCCGGAAAGUCAUCUUGAAGCUAGUUUGUGGGGUUGUUUUAGCGAUUAAAGCAUCAAAUACGGAGCAAAAUUGCAAGCUUGGGGUGUGUCUUGACGAAAUCAUUUUGGUGGCACUAGUUCAUCCCGGUCUAAGAAAUUGGCACGCAAAAACGGGGACGGGAGCAACUUCCUCUAAAGGAGGAUCGAAGGGAAAAUCCAAGGAUCCCCCGUUUCGUUUGUUGAAUCGUGAGGAUCGUAAAACUUAUGAUUUUCUCGUUUCUAAUAAGCGUCAAGUCAAGUCAACAAAAUUCCUCCAUAGGGAAUCUUUUGCUAGUCUUGGGGUGCUCGAUGGAGUCCAAGCGUUAUUUAACAACAUCGGGUGGGGUCAAUUCCUCCAUAACCGCGCCGCCACCUAUGUUGAACCCACCUUGGAAUUUCUUACCACAUUCAAUCCCGAGGAGGAAGCCCAAACCGUCACCUUCCAAAUCCUCGGCGAGAAACGAUCUCUACCACAUCGGGUCGUGAAUGCUUUGAUGGGUGCUCCCGUGGACAACCUAUAUUACCAACAAGACCCAUGGCCCGGAAACUUCAAUGAACAUUACUUUUGGCAACAAAUUACCAAUGAGCCACAAUAUUCAUCGUCUUCGUCAAAGGCCUCCUCCAUAAUUCACCCAUGUUUGCGCCUAGCGCAUAGAGUUCUCACAUGCACCAUUUUCGCCCGCUCCGAAGUGGGACAGAUUUCAAAGGCGGAAUUAUUUUUUCUUUGGUGCAUGACUCGUGAGAACGGUCCGCGGCCGGAUUUUGCUUCCUUUUUCUUCACCAAGUGUUACAACCUCACAACUAUGGACAAAGGAGACAUUUUCAUUGGGGGAUUAAUCACCCUUAUUGCAUCCCGGCCACCGCUUCAACUUCAUCUCUCUACUCUUCCAUUCGAGAAGGCUUCCGGCCCCUCUAGUCUUGACGGCAACGCACUUCGCCGAAUGCAACUCAUCCGGGAUUCGGUUGUCGGGCCCAUGUGGAUCCUUGACAACCAACCAUACCUCAUUCUCCCUCAUGAGUAUAUCGAGAGUUUUGAACCGACCGAUCCCGAUCAAUGGAUCAUUCCAUCAGACUACCCUCCACCUGUAGAUGAUGAGGAUGACCAAUUUCAACCUGCACAACAAUUCGCCGAGCCCUAA